GAUUGUGCAUUGAGAACAUCAGCAGCUGCACUCGUAUUUUCCAUCAAAAAAGUAGUUCCUGCGGAUCUACAUCGUCUCCUCUCCUGCAUAACCAGUACCACAAGGAGCAAACCCUAACACGAACUUCUCAUUCCUCGAGCUCUUUCUUAUAAUUAUAAACCCAAAUUGCGCAAUUUGAUCUAAUUUCAGUUCAAUUGAUUUUUGGAUGAGAAGAAUCAUAGAUAGAUCAAUGGUCUUCUUCUCUGUAAAACCCCUUUUCACUGUUCUCGUCAUUUCUCUAUCUCUUUCUCUAAUAUUAGUACUGAUUUCCAUUCCAUCCACGCCAUUCUCAUCGAAUCUCUCUGCAACUACGUCUUCACUGCAGUCAGAAAUAUGGAGUGUAAGGAGGAUGUUUGAGUGGAGACCUUGCAAAUGGUGGUUAGAAGGGCAUCUUACAGACAAUUCCAUUGGUUUUUACUGCAGCUCUUCCAGCGGAAACUAAUGGAUAUAUCAGAGUGGAUUGCUAUGGUGGACUCAAUCAGAUGAGACGUGAUUUGUGUGAUGGUGUCGGUAUUGCACGUUUACUCAAUGCAACUUUGGUUCUGCCAAAGUUUGAAGUUGCUGCAUAUUGGAAUGAAUCGAGUGGUUUUGCAGAUGUAUUCGAUGUUGACUAUUUCAUUCAGCAUAUGAAGGGUUUUAUAAAUGUUGUCAAGGACUUGCCAGCAGAGCUAGAAUCAAAAGAACCAUUUCAUGUAGAUUGCAGCAAACGAAAAGGCCAUUUUGAUUACAUUGAAAGUGUUCUUCCUUCACUCUUGGAGCAUCAUUACAUAUCAUUCACACCAGCCAUGAGCCAAAGAAGGGACAGGUAUCCAUUGUAUGGAAAGGCUGCUCUAUGCCAGGCUUGUUAUAAAGCUCUACGUCUUACAAGAGCCCUGGAGAAGAAAGGUUCUGAACUUCUUGAUGCGAUACCCAAACCCUUCAUGGCCCUUCACCUUCGAUUUGAACCUGAUAUGGUAGCUUACAGUCAAUGUCAGUAUUCUGGUCUUUCUUCAGCUUCCAUGAAAGCUAUUGAAGCUGCUCAGGGAGAUCGAAAACCCUGGACUGGGGAGGCAGCCCGUCUUUGGAGAAACCGCGGUAAGUGCCCACUCACUCCAAACGAGACAGCUCUUGUCCUCAGAUCACUUGCAAUCCCGAGAAACACGAAUAUUUAUCUCGCUGCUGGUGACGGUCUUAUGGAAAUUGAAGGGUUCAAAUCUAUGUACACGAACAUAUAUACUAAAUCAGUCCUCCUUAGCGGUGAAGAUUUCACCAACAUGCAUGGGAAUACAAAAGCUGCGCUAGAUUAUUAUGUGUCGAUUAACAGUGAUUCCUACGUUGCUACUUAUUUUGGAAAUAUGGAUAAAAUGGUGGCAGCUAUGAGAGCAUAUAAGGGUUUGUACAAAACUCUUUUCCUGAAUAGGAGAGCUUUUGCAGAAUUUACAUCUCAGGGAUUAGAAGGGAAGGAACUAGUUAAAGCUUUGUGGAAGUCACAUACAGAUGAUUUUGUUUUGGGGAGAGGAUCUGCUUUGCCUGAUUGCUUUUGUGAGUUCAAAUUGUGAUUCUUUUUAGGGGAUCUGUUAAUGUAUCUGCUGUUUCCGGAUGACAACUUUCUAUCUGUUCAUGUAUGUACAUGGUAAAUCAUUUUUUGUGCUUGUUAAUGUUGAUUUCUGUUUCACUUCCGCAAA